UGACGUAAUGUUGAUUGUCAAACGUGAAAUGGCGAGCAUGCUAAGGGGCCCGUUAACGUUAUGUGCAGCACUGAGGUGGCUCCCUGUGUUUAUUUCUAACACGGUGAAUAACAACGAUAGCAACAUAGACACAUUGGACUCGGGAAAGAAUCAGGUGGAUAAUGGCGGCUGAAGUAAUAGGAGGUAGUGAGUUCCCUGCUCAUUACAAAGUCAUGAUGGACAAACUCAACGAACAGCGGCAGCUGGACCAGUUCACAGACAUUACUUUGAUUGUAGAUGGUCACCAAUUCAGAGCACAUAAAGCAGUGUUGGCUGCAUGCAGUCAGUUCUUCCACAAGUUCUUCCAGGAUUUUACCCAGGAGCCUUUGGUGGAGAUUGAAGGAGUGAGCAACAUGGCUUUCCGACAACUGAUGGAGUUCACUUACACCGCCACGUUAGUCGUAGCGGGAAAAGAAGAAGCCCACGAUGUGUGGAAAGCUGCUGAAUACCUUCAGAUGCAGGAAGCCAUCAAGGCCCUCAGCAACAAGGUCAGCGAGUCACCUUCAGUCAUGGCUAAGACCAACAGCAGACAAAGAAAAGUUACUGAGACAUCUUACGUCAUCACAGAAACCCUGCCGAAAGCUGAAGGGGAGCAGGUGGAGAUAGACAUGAUAGGUGAAGGUGCCGUUGAGGUGGAGGACUCGGUACUGGAGGAGGUGGUCGAUGUGGCAAAGGACGCCCAGUCAAACGACUCUGCGUUGGCGCUGCUAGCAGACAUAACCAGCAAGUACCAGCAGGGGGAGCCUUCACUACAGGUGAUCAAGAAGGGAGACAUUGAAGAGGAAGUGCUCUAUCAGGAAGAGACUGUGACGGCUUCCAAAGUGAUUGAAAAUGUUGAGGUGGUGGAAGUCCAGAUUUCCCAAGUGGAUAACACCUUCCGCUGUAGCAAGUGUGACCGCAGCUUCAAGCUGUACUACCACCUCAAGCAGCACCUGAAAACGCACCUGGGCAUGCUGAAAAAGCAGCACGUGUGCAGCCACUGUGGCAAAGGCUACACGCGGGAGGGCGCUCUGAAUCAGCACUUGAGCGCCUUCCAUUUUGAAGCAGAGGAGCUGGCCCAGCACCAGAAAUCCCAAAAGAGAGUACAUGUUUGUGAGUACUGCAAGAAGCAAUUCGACCACUUUGGACAUUUUAAGGAGCAUCUGCGAAAGCAUACUGGUGAAAAACCAUACGAGUGUCCAGACUGCCAUGAAAGAUUUGCAAGGAACAGCACACUGAAGUGCCAUAUGGCGGCUUGUCAGAACGGGGCUGGGGCCAAGAAAGGACGCAAGAAACUCUACGAAUGCCAGGUGUGCAGCAGCGUGUUCAACAGCUGGGACCAGUUCAAAGACCAUCUAGUGAGCCACACUGGAGACAAGCCCAAUCAUUGCACAAUGUGUGACGUGUGGUUCACUGACUCUCAAGAGCUAAAGGCCCACCUCAAGGACAUUCACUCCAUCGAGGACAAGUCACCCCAAGAGCUGGUGGUCACUGACGCCGCAGGGCUCACCAUCGCCUCACAGAACAUCGAGGCGACUGAAACUGUGCUGCUGGACGACGGCAUCCAGGUGGAACACGUCACAGUGGACCCCAUAGAAGUGGUGGAGAUGGAAGAGGCCACUACGGUCGUAGUGGAGGACGGGGGAGUGGCCGAGAUGUGCGAGGAGGACAUGGAGAGACUGAAACAGGCCGGCGUGCAGAUCCAGGUGGUGCGCCUGUCCUCCAGCGAUGUGGAACCGCAGAUGAUCAUCCCUCAGGUGGAAGUAGAGGUGGAGGGCGAUAUGAACGUGGAGGAAACAAUACAAGCGGUGGUUGUAUGAACAAGUGCAUCUGAUGAGUUUCACUCUGAGAACCGAAGAUUGCAUGAAGGAUACUGAACAUCAUCCAGAUAUUAUUUUUUUGUCAUCACACUCAACACUCUCAUUCCCUGAACUCUGAUAAAUGGACAGAGAUGUGUAUUUGCCAUUCAUUCAUUCAUGCAUUUUCUACUGCUUAUCCUCACGAGGAUCGCGGGGCUGGAGCCUAUCCCAGCUGUCUUCAGCGAGAGGCGGGGUUCAUAUCUAUGGACAAUUUGGAAUUGCCAUUGAACCUAACAUGCAUGUUUUUGGAAUGUGGGAGCAAGCUGGAGUCUCCGGAGAAAACCCACGCAUGCACGGGGAGAACAUGCAAACUCCACACAGAGAUGGCUGAGGGUGGAAUUGUACUCUGGUCUCCGAGCUGUGAGGCCUCGUGUAUUUGCCAUGUAUUUGCCAUGUAAGAAAUAUUUAUUUUAAGGCUGUUCACAUGAAAGUGAGGAAAUCAUGAACUCACAUACAGUAUUUAAGUUGAGACUUCAGUGAUAAAGUACAUUUUUCAAUCAGUUCAUUUCAUUUGUCUUGCCCAAUGGUAAGAUGUUGCCUCUCACAUUAAAACUAAUAAUAAACACCAGGUACUGCUUGGUAUUAAUGUUAGUUUGACCAACUAACUGAAUGCGUUUUUGUAGUAAAGAUAACAAAAAUAAACAGUUUACAGAAUGCGCUCUCUCGUGUUAUUUUUAAGGAACUCUUG